UCCCCACCUCCUCACUCAUCUUCACUCACACAGGACAUCUCUCAACAUCUCAACCACACUAGUACUGUACCAAGCAAGGCAAGUCUCCAUGGACGCGGUGGAGUCCUCCUCGCCGCCCUCGCUGCGCCAGAAGCUGCGCACCACCGUCUGCGGCUGCUUCGGCUCCCCGUCGUCGCCGGGCAGCAGCGGGGAGAGGUCGCACACCAGCGGCGCCAGGGCCAGGUGGAGGCGGCGAGUGGCGGCCGCGGGGGAGUUCAGGUACGACCCGCUCAGCUACGCGCUCAACUUCGACGACGGCGGCAGCGAUGACGGCAACGCCGACGCGGAGGAUGCCGUCUUCCUGCACAGAAACUUCAACUGGCGCCUGCCUCCCUCGCCGGCACCGGCCUCCCGAACCGUCUCAAUCGCCUGAACUGAAUUGUACUGUAGUAGCGAUCGUCCAUUUAAACUUUUGUAGCUUCCGUCUCUCCGAUUUUCCUUCUUCUCUGAGCGAGACUGAAUCACUACAUCUGUAAAAGCAGUUUAGUUUAUAGAGAUUUUUUAUAAGGCCGGGGAAACGUACGUACCGAGGAGUA